CUUGGCAAGCAGAACAACUCUGCUGGCGGACAUGAACUCAAUUGAUGACGAAGUAAGUGCUUAAGAGAAGUGAUAGAAGUGAUUUUGGCUGUAUUUCACCUGUUUAAUCGGAGAUUCCAUAAAAAAUGAAUUUCUCACCGUUCGGCGUGCCGCUAUCCGCCGCUCUACCAGUGGCCACGCAAUUCACCGCCGGCAAAAUUACCCAGAGCGUCACCACGCCAAACGGCCAGGUGGUCGGCGUGCUACAAGGCGGCGAAAAUGGCAUCCAUUACAUACGCCCCUUGGACGCGAACGCGUUCGCGACCGCCCAAAACCCCGGCCAGCAAACGCAAACCCUGAUCACCCUACCCAUCACCAUGCCCGGAGCCAAGCCCGGGGACCCGCAGCAAACCGUGCAGAUACAGGUCGUGAACCCGGUGCACACCCCUGUGUCGCAAGCGAGCUCGGGGAAUUCCCCGAAGUACCACAUAUCGCAAAUACCCAUACAAACCUUCGGGCAAGGUGCUACGGUACUUACCGUAGCCUAUAACUCGAAUCAAGAAGGUAUUCAAAUUGUUGACGGGCAAAAUGGUAUACCAGAAGGAAUGACUGUGGUGGCAGCUUUACAACCGCAGGAUCUGCAGUUAAUUCAACAACAACCCGAAAUGGAGAAAAAAGACCAAAUACCAAUAGCCUUAAUAAAAAGCGAGAUGACUAAAGAAGAUAUGCAAGAAGUUGGUACUUCCAUAAACAUACCGACACAAUACAUACAAAACAGCGCAGUUCAGGAAUACCUGCAAAAAAUGCAGCAAACUACCGGUUUGCACCAAUUCUUGAAGUUCAAUAAUUUGGAUAUCAAAAGGGAAGGUCAGGAAGAAGGGGUUCUGGAAAACAUUAAUAUUACCACUGAGGAUGGACAUGAGCAACAAAUUUUGAUAAACGAAGUGGAAGAAAUCGAUAACGAGGAGAGCGUAGACGAUCCUGAUGGUAAAGGAAAGAAGAAGAAAAAGUAUAAAAAGAAACCACCAAAACCAAAAAAACCCAAGCCAGGACAAGUUCAUAUUGCAACCGCUCUAGACGGCACCACACUCUUCUGUUGCCCGGAAUGUCACAUGGCGUACCCGGAAAAAGAGCUACUCGAACAACACUUAAUCGGUCACAAAAUCGAGCGCCGAUUCAUCUGCGACAUCUGCGGCGCGGGCCUGAAGCGCAAAGAACACCUGGAACGACACAAGUUGGGUCACAACCCGGAACGACCGUUCGUUUGCUCCGUGUGUCUCAAAGGGUUUAAGCGAAAGGAGCAUUUGAAUUUACAUUUUGUCAUCCACUCCGGGGAGAAAACGGAGAUUUGCGCGGAGUGCGGUAAAGGUUUCUACAGGAAGGAUCACUUGAGAAAACACGCGCGAUCGCACGUCACGAGGAGGGCUAAAGAGCAGGCCGAAAGGCAGAAUUUGAUGAACAAAGAUGGUACUGCGCAGGUCACCAUACAGGUAUGCGACAGUGUACCCUCGACUCAGAUUCAAAUUCCGGUCCAAAUACAGGUGCCGCAGCACCACAUCCAGAUGUCCGGCAACGGCGAAGACGAAGAAUCUCCCGUUAGCACCGUGGUGCUACCGGCAGCCAACGAAGGUAUUUCCAUUUUGCCCCACUAGGUGGCGCUACUCGCUACGAUUGGAUAAGUAAAUAUUGGCUUGGUUUAUUUACUAGCUGUGAUUUUAUAUACAAAAAAAACAAGAAUUGAAGUGAGUUAGCGAGCUUGGUGUAAAUAAAUCAAGGAGGGUUUUUUCAAAGUGAUGUUUGUUGAGAUGCAGAGGGAAUUUUCUAGACGGUCAAAGUUACAAAAUUUAUAAAAAUUUUGUUUAUAGUGUUGUUUAUUACUAUGUUUUUGUUGGAAAACAUUUUCAACUUAAAUAAUGUUCUACAAACAACAUUAAAAACAAAAUUUUGUAAAAUCGAAAAAUAUUUUCUUAACUUAAUUUAACAAAAAAGUACCUUUAAUUUGCAUUGUUUUAUUUGCUUUUCUUCAGAAAAACUUAUCGUCCCUUGUAAAUAUAAUGUUAUUUUGAACAAUUUGCCUUUAUAAUUAUUUUGUAAAAAGUCGUAGAUCGUCUACCAUUAUGCAACACAAAUGUAAAUAAUAGAUAUUUAUUGCUAAAAUUCAGAAUUUAUAAGUUAAAAACAGUAUUAGAUUUAUUUAAAAAACUUAAAUUGAAAAUAUUAUAUUAUUAGUUUACGCCUAAUGUGUUUAAAUGCAAUCCAGCUUGUUUUUUCCUGUCGAAAAGUCUUGUUGGGUUGUGUUAGAUGGCCUUACUAAAUAGUUAUAACUGUUAUUAGUUUCUAAUAUUUGUUAACUUGCAUCCAAAACUAUGACAAAAAACACAAAAUAAUUUAUACUUUAUUAUAUCUGUACAAAAGAAUUAUUUAAUUUUAGUGUAGAUGGUUUUGGGUAAAUUAUAUAUAGUGCAUAUAUAUUUUUGAGGAUUUCUCUUGAUCGUUUUAUACAUUAUCACGUAACACAAUUAAAGAAAUUGGAACUGAUUUUUGGCCUUGCCGACUUACAUUAACUAUUAUUUCAAAUUUAAAUUCACCAUAUAGGAUUUUUUUCCUAUAGAUGACGACCAAUAAAAAGUGAUUAACAUGUACAUUAUAGAAAUUAAUAAAUAUAAUAAUUUGGCCCAAUUAUAAGCUGACAGUGAUAAAAUUUUGGUUAAAUUACCCAUUCCUAUGCAAUGUAAUAAUUUUAGAUUUGUUCUAAUCUAACAAACAAGCUUGUUCAUAUUGAUAUUUUUUCAUCUGCCCCACAAAUAAAUAAUAUAUUUAUCCUAGAAUAAUUACCAUUGUUUUCAAUGUAGAUGAGUGUAUAUACAAGUUAUGCAGGCGAAAAAUUAUUGAUAGGGAUCUUCUAAAAUUAUUUGAAAAAUGAACUAUUUUAUUUUUUAUACAAUGACAAUUUUUUAGUAGAACUAUGUAAGUUAUUUAUAUUUGUAAUUUAAGUUUGAAAAUGUUUUCCACAUAAUAAAUUUUGUUAUAAGGUU